AUCAAACAAGGAAAAAUCGGAAAACAUUUUCUGGAAAAUAUUUUACAUCAUACCAAACACACCCUAAAAGAAGGUCCAAAUAUGAACCCGAAUCAGCCCAUUUGGUUGGACCCAUAACCCGAAUCACAAGCCCAACUAUAACAAAAGGGUCCAAAAUCUGCAACGCUUUCUUCCCACGCUAGGGUUUAGGGUUUUCCAUCACUGUUGCAAAGAUGUAUUCUUCACUAAUGGCGAUUCGCAGAACUCGAAUCUCCAUUUUCACCUGUUCACACAAGGUACGCUUAUUGCACUCCUCUAUUUCCGACCUCAAUUUCCCGAAAUCCUUAAAGUCCUCGCUUUCUUCCGUUCAUUUGAAAACCCUAACAACAUCCUCAGCACCAAAUGACGCUCAAAUUCCCCCACAUGAGUCGCAUAGGGUUCCGCAAAACAGGGAUUUUGGAAAUCCUGGUCAACAGUGGAAUAACAAUAAUAAGAUGAAUAUGUCUUAUCCGCAGUAUCAAGGUUAUCCUGAUCAGGGUAAUCAAGGAUAUCCUAAUUAUGGAAAUGUUAAUCUUAAUCAUGGUCAAGGAUAUGCUAAUCCCGGUCAGGGAUUUCAGAAUCAGAAAAGCCCUAAUUUUGAAAAUCAGAACAUUCCGUAUAGGCCAAACACAGGUGAACCUCGAAGUUACCCACCACCUGGAAAUGUGAACCAAUGGAAUUAUCAAAAUCAGGGCUUCAGGCAACAUGGAACACCAAAUGCAGCUCCAAGUUAUCCGCAAAGUGGAUAUCAGAAUCCGGAACAUGUACAAAGUCCCAAUAGAGAUCAAAAUUAUCCACAGCCUGGUGCUGGUAAUCAGAAUCAAAAUUAUGCUCCACCGCGAGUAAGCCCGAGUCAGCUGGAUUCUCAGGGGCAGAGGGUUUCUCAGGGAGGCGGGUUCCCAGUGAGCAAUCAAUUUCGUAAUGAAGCACAGGUUGUGCACAAUCAAGUCCAGAGUGGUCCACCGCCUACUGUUGAUUUAAUUAGCUUGUGCCAAGAGGGUAAAGUUAAGGAGGUUAUUCAACAUAUGGAACAGGGGAUAGUUGCGGAUGCACAAUGUUUUGAAAUGCUCUUUGAGUUGUGUGCGAAUUCGAAGAAACUUGAAGAUGCUAAAAAGGUGCACGAUUACUUGUUGAGAUCGAAAUGCAGGAGUGAUCUUGGUUUGAGCAAUAAAGUUAUUAAUAUGUAUUCCAAGUGUGGAAGUAUGACAGAUGCGCGCAGAGUUUUUGAUCAUGUGCGUGAUAGGAACAUGGACUCCUGGCAUUUGAUGAUAAAUGGAUAUGCGUUGAAUGGGUUGGGGGAUGAGGGGUUGACAUUGUAUGAUCAAAUGCGGGAGUUGGGAAUGAAGCCAAACGAGGAAACUUUUCUGUAUGUUUUCGAGGCUUGUGCCAGUGCAGAUGCCAUUGACGAGGCUUUCAUGCAUUUUGAGUCAAUGAAGGCCGAGUAUGGAAUUGCUUCACAGAUGGAGCACUAUUUAGGACUUUUGGGUGUUUUAGGAAAAUGUGGACAUCUUGCUGAGGCAGAGGAAUAUAUCUCAAAGCUUCCAUUUGAACCAACAGCAGCUGUCUGGGAAGCAUUAAUGAAUUAUGCUCGUAUACAUGGUGAUAUUGAUCUUGAGGAUCGAACUGAGGAAUUGAUGGUUGGUCUUGACCCUUCUAAGGCUGUUGCUAAUAAGAUUCCCACUCCGCCACCAAAGAAGCAGUUAGCGAUUAAUAUGCUUGAGGGAAGAAAUAGAGUAGCUGAAUUUCGUAAUCCAACCCUCUUCAAGGAUGACGAAAAGUUGAGGGCUGCAAUGAAAGAACAAGCUUAUGUGCCUGAUACCAGAUAUGUCCUUCAUGAUAUUGAUCAGGAGGCCAAGGAACAGGCUUUGCUAUACCAUAGCGAACGUUUAGCCAUUGCAUAUGGUCUGAUUAGUACUCCUGCUAGAACACCUCUACGUAUCAUAAAGAAUCUCCGUGUAUGUGGUGAUUGUCACAAUGCCAUCAAGAUCAUGUCAAGGAUUGUCGGGCGAGAGUUAAUUGUCAGGGACAACAAGCGGUUUCAUCAUUUCAAGGAUGGAAAAUGCUCUUGUGGUGAUUAUUGGUGAAGUAUGGUGACUGAAACGAGUAUACAUUGACUGGCUUCCACAAUUCUCAGUAUUAUCAAGAGUCUGCAUGUUGGAAUGUGCGUGAUGUUCAUCUAAGAAUCGCCAAAAAUUUGCAUGUAUUGCUAAUUACAAUGCCAAAUAUAACCAUGUCUUGCAAUUUAUGGAUUUCUUGCACCCUUGUGGAUAUCUAAGACUUUUUCUAUUAGUUUGGAUUUUUGUUUUAGAUAUUAGCCCGCAAAGUUCCAGUCAAAUUAAUCUUCCGUUGUAUCUGCACAAUGUUGUUCAACUUGUUUUCUAGUUUUGUCAAUAAGAAAAUUCUU